AUGCAGCUGGUUCAACUUCUUGCUCGACUCAACACAGUGACCUGUGAGCUUUUGCUCACAGAGAAGGUCCAGCCCCAGGACUCUGCCAGCCCCAUUCGGACCACACACACAGGCCCAGUGCGGGGCAGGCUCAUCCAUGUGAAGGGUACUGUCGUGGGGGUCCACACCUUCCUGGGAAUUCCCUUUGCCAAGCCACCUGUAGGGCUGCUGCGGUUUGCAGCCCCUGAGGCACCUCUGCCUUGGAGUGGUGUGAGAGAUGCGACCUCCUACCCAGCCAAGUGUCUGCAAAAGACUGGUACAAGGAAUGCACACGUUUGGAUGCUGCUAAAUGUGACCAUGCCUCACAUCCCCAUGUCUGAGGACUGCUUGUACCUGAACAUCUAUACACCUGCCCAUGCUCAUGAGGGCUCUAAACUGCCUGUGAUGGUAUGGAUCCAUGGUGGUUCAUUAGUUUCAGGGCUAGCUUCUGUGACUGAUGGAUCCAUUCUGGCAGCUUCUGAGAACGUGGUAGUGGUCCCCAUCCAGUACCGCUUGGGUGUCCUGGGCUUCUUCAGCACUGGAGACCAGCAUGCACCUGGCAACUGGGGCUACCUGGACCAAGUGGCUGCCCUUCACUGGGUUCAACAGAAUAUUGCACACUUUGGAGGCAACCCUGACCGUGUCACCAUUUUUGGACAGUCUGCUGGUGCAAUAAGCGUGUCCUCCCUUGUUGUGUCCCCCAUGUCCCGAGGACUCUUCCAUGGUGCCAUCAUGGAAAGCGGGGCAGCUGUGGUACCCGGCAUCAUCUCCAACUCGUCUGAGGAUGUCUACAUGAAGGUGGCCAACCUGUCUGGCUGUGGGCAGGUAGACUCAGAAGCCCUGGUGAGGUGCCUUCGAGGCAAGAGUGAAAAUGAAAUGCUGGCUAUUACCAAGACCUUCAUGAGCAUUCCUGCUGUAGUGGACGGAGUUUUCCUGCCAAGACUUCCCCAGGAGCUGCUGGCCUCUGCUGAUUUUCAACCUGUGCCCAGCAUCAUGGGUGUCAACAAUGAUGAGUGUGGCUGGGCCAUCCCCAAGGCCCUGGGCUUCCCUCAGAAGGAAAUCGACAGAAAGACCAUACAUGCUGCUCUGCAGAACCUGUCAGUGCAGAUGAAGUUGCCUGCUAAGUUUGCUGACCUGGUGAUGGAAGAGUACAUGGGAGACAAUGAGGACCCCAAGACCCUGAUAGUCCAGUUCCAUGAGAUGUUGGGAGACUUCCUGUUCGUGAUCCCUACACUCCAAGUGGCAUAUUGUCAAUGUUCCCACAGCCCGGUCUACUUCUAUGAGUUCCAGCAUCCUCCCACCUUCCUGAAAAUCCUCAGGCCACCUGAUGUGAAGGCUGACCAUGGCGAUGAGAUUUCCUUUGUCUUUGGAUCUUUCUGGUUUGGCCUCCCAGUUAUCUUCACUGAGAGGGAAGAGCUGCUGAGCAGAAGGGUGAUGAAGUAUUGGGCCAACUUUGCUCGAAAUAGGAACCCCAGUGGUGAGGACCUGCUUCCAUGGCCUACACUGGGCCAUGAAGAGAAGUAUCUACAGCUGGACAUCCAUCUUUCUGUGAACCGCGCCCUAAAGGCCCAUAGGCUGAAAUUCUGGAAAGAGACGCUGCCUGACGACCCAGGACUUUGCCAGCCCCAUCCCAACCGAGUGCACAGCAGCUUCAUCCACAUGAAUAGCACCAGUGUGGGGGUAUACAUCUUUCUGGGAAUUCCCUUUACCAAGCCACCUUUAGGACCACUGCAGUUUGCAUUGCCUGAGGCCCCUGAAUCCUGGAGUGGUGUUCGAGAUGGAACGCCUCACUCUGCCAAGUAA